UCGUCCCUGUCAUCACCGCGAUCGGAACGCUCAAAUUCUUGAACCGUAAGCCUCAAUCUGCACCCCUUUCCUAAAUCCCUAACCCUAACCCUAACCAGCCGUCUUCGCCUCUUUACCUCCGAACUCGCCCGUCCAUGGCGGCCAUCCUCCUCCGCUCCCGAUUCCUCCUCCCCAAGCCCCUCACCCCCGCCCCGUUUAUCCGCUCCAUCUCGGCUUUCCCUUUCCUCUCCCAGGAGCCGCAACUCGAGGAACCGCCUUCUUCGCCCACGGCAUCCGCCUCCCCGCUGCCCCCCAGCCCCUCCACCGGGAGCCCCUUCUACCAGGAGAACUGGCGGAGCCCCAACCCCGCCCCCGGCGUCGGGCCCCUUGUCGGCGGCCAGUCGCUCGUCCCAAUGGGGCCCUCCGCCACCGCCCGGAUGAUGGCCUUCUCCCAGACCUUGGACGUCUCCAGCCUCAUGAAUGUCUUCGCUGAUUGGAUGACGUCGCAACGCUGGUCCGAUGUCAAGCAGCUGUUCGAGUUCUGGAUCCGCUCGCUGGACGCCUCCGGGAAGCCCAACAAGCCCGACGUCCACCUCUUCAAUCACUAUCUUAGGGCUAAUCUGAUGAUGGGUGCGACGGCGGGAGAGCUCUUGGAUCUGGUGGCCCAGAUGCAGGAGUACCAGAUCGCACCCAACACCGCGUCAUAUAACUUGGUGCUCAAGGCUAUGUUUCAGGCGCGAGAGAGUGAGGCAGCGGAGAAGUUGGUCGAUCGGAUGCUGCAGACAGGCACCACACCAGAUGAUGAAUCAUACAAUUUGGUUAUCGGCCUUCUAAUUCUUAUGAACCAGAUAGAUUCCGCAUUGAAAUAUAUGGAUUUGACGAUAAAAUCAGGUUACAUGAUAUCGUCUAGUGUCUUUAUGGAUUGUGUACGGAGCUGUGUAAAUGCUGGAAAGCUGGACACUCUAGCAUCCAUCAUAGAGAAAUGCAAGACAACAGACCAAAACAAAGCCUUAUGCCCAAGCUGGAAUUUGUGUAACUAUAUUGCAGAUGUUGCUUUGCAAGCAGAUCAUAGCAAAUUGGCAUAUUUCUCCUUGGAGUUUUUGGCUCGAUGGAUUGCUCGUGGUGAGAUUGCUAGACCACCUGUUCUGCUUUCAGCAGAGGAAGGUUUAGUUGUCUCAGCACUUGGUGCUGCCGGGAGAACAUACAACUCUACUCUUCUAGAUGCUGCAUGGUCAAUCUUGCGACGUUCACUGCGUCAGAAAAGGGCCCCAAGUCCAGAGACUUACCUUGCAAAGAUAUAUGCACACUCAUCGUUGGGACAGUUACAACGUGCUUUUGCUAGCCUCAACGAAUUUGAAACUGUGUAUGGGAACUCUGAAGAAGUUGAUCAGGAGCUGUUCUCACCUUUUACAUCUUUAUAUCCACUGGUUGUUGCUUGCUGCACGAAUGGAUUCUCAACUUUGGAUUCGGUGUAUAUUCAAUUGGAGAAUUUAAGCCGUGCCGAUCCCCCUUACAAGUCUGUUGCUGCUCUCAACUGUGUGAUCUUAGGUUGUGCAAACAUAUGGGAUCUUGAUCGAGCAUAUGAGACUUUUGAGGCCAUCAGUGAAAAGAUUGGAAUGACACCUGAUGUACAUUCUUAUAAUGCUUUAAUGUCUGCAUUCGGAAAGCUCAAAAAGACCGCUGAAGCUAGCAAAGUGUUUGAGCAUUUACUGAGCUUGGGUGUGAAACCAAAUGCAACGACAUAUUCGUUGCUUGUUGAUACUCAUCUUGUCAAUCGGGAUCAAAAAGCUGCUCUCUCAGUAAUUGAUGCGAUGGUCGAGGCAGGCUUCACACCAUCAAAGGAAACACUAAAAAGGGUUCGAAGACGCUCCUCACGGGAAUUAGAUUUUGAUAGUGAUGAAAGGCUACAGUCUCUUGCUCAAAGGUUCAAGUAUAGAAUGGGUAAUGAAUUACGUAGAGAGAUGCUCUAUAAUCUCGAGUACAGCACCAACUAUUAGUAAGAGGUACUCUUCACUUUCCGACCUAGACUGAUGCUUUGGUUGCUUGGGCAGCUAAUAUCAGCAUUGAGAUAGAAAAUUUAGUUUUUGGCAACAAGCUGUUUGCUUGUCUGGUUGAAGUGCAGAAUCAUAACCUGGAUCUCUUUCGAACUCACCAGGCUGCUGGAUACUUUUGAUGGCUGGCUGAUGAAGAACGACUCAAGCUCAUGUAAAUUUCUUGUUUGUAAUCAAAUUUUAACGAAAUGAGAAACCGUGGUAGGAUCAUAUUCAACAUGUUGGCAGUUUGCUUCA